ACGACUUUCUCCCCUCGUCUCCUAUAUCAUUUUAGGAAUAUUUUUCUUCUUACAUUACCGAAACAUCAAUUAUAUAUUAAAGGAGAAACCCAGAUAGCAGAAGUACAGAACCAGAGAUGAACCUGAAACAAGUGGAAAAAAGCUUGUUCUCAUGGCGGCUGGCUUGUCUGAUGGUGAUGAUGAUGUUCCUAUCCAUGGCAAAGCCUGUGACAUCACAGACGUCUAGUGAUAGAAAUAGCACUCUGAUGAGAUAUUAUUGUAGUCAAUAUUUCGGUAUGAACGAAACAUAUUUCUACCGGAAUCUCAACACCACCCUUUCUAGCCUCCGCCGGCAGCUGUUGGUGAACCGUGUACGCUAUGCUGUUGCACGUACUUUGCUCAAUGGAGAGUCCGUUUGGGGCCUUGCCUCAUGCCGGGGAUAUGUCUCCACCACCAAUUGUGUUGCUUGUUUUGACUAUGCUGUCUCUCAGUUGAGAGUUUGUGGGCGUGGCAAUGGAGCUCAUGCUUUUUACAAUGACUGCGAUCUCAGAUACGAGAAUAAUAACUUCUAUGCGGAUGCCAACAUUCGGGCUGGUAUUGUAAUGUGUGGUAAUACAAAAUCGCCGCAGCAAACAGAGUUCAGAAAAACGGUAGAAGGAUUGAUAUCAGACCUUCGAACAGCAACACCAAGAACAUCAGAUUUUUAUGCAGUUUCCACAAGGGCUUUACCUGAUCGUUCUGGAACAGUUUACGGGAUUGCCCAAUGCAAUCUAAACUUAAGCCAAAGUGUUUGUGAAGAUUGUUUGAAUUUCAAGAUAUAG